UAUAUUUUCUUUAUGACUUCAGCCCGGUGCAGCUGGACGACUUUGACGCCUACUUCAAAGAAAUGAGCAAAGACUCAGCCUACAAGUUCUCCCUGCAGUUUGAGGAGCUGAAGAGUGUUGGUCUGGAUCUGUCCCAUGAUGCAGCCGACCUGCCCGUCAACAGACCCAAGAACAGAUACACCAACAUCCUCCCAUACGACUUCAGUCGGGUGAAACUGAUCUCGAUGCACAACGACGAAGGUUCAGACUACAUCAACGCCAACUACAUACCUGGCUACAAACAUGCUAAAGAGUACAUCGCCACUCAGGGCCCGCUGCCCGAGACUCGUAACGAUUUCUGGAAGAUGGUUCUGCAGCAGAAAUCUCCGAUCAUCGUCAUGCUCACGCAGUGUAACGAGCGACGGAGGGUGAAGUGCGAUCAUUACUGGCCGUUCACAGAUGAACCUGUGAUGUACGGAGAGAUCAGCGUGGAGAUGUUCUCUGAAACUGAGUCUCCAGAGUGGACCAUCAGGAAGUUCAGACUUGGAUAUGCUGACGAGACUCAGGACGUCCUCCACCUGAACUACACCUCGUGGCCAGAUCACGGCGUCCCCACAGUCAACGCCAUCGAGAGCAUCCUGCAGUUCGUCCACAUCGUUCGUCAGCAGGCCAACAGGACCAAAGAUCCUAUCAUAGUCCACUGCAGUGCUGGAGUCGGCCGGACCGGGACCUUCAUCGCUCUGGAUCGUCUGAUGCAGCACAUCAGAGAACACGAGUUUGCCGACAUCCUGGGCAUGGUGUCUGAGAUGAGAUCGCACCGUCUGUCCAUGGUCCAGACUGAGGAACAGUACGUCUUCAUCCAUCAGUGCGUCCUGUUGAUGUGGCAGAAGAAGAAACAGUCCAUCACCUCUGACGUCAUUUACGAGAAUGCCAGCAAGACAUAAUGAGGAGCCUCCUCCAGACGCUGUGAACACACCCAACCUCCUGUGCUUCAGGCAUCCAUUCUCUGCAGAAGAAGAAGAAGAUCAGCUUCAUCAUCAGUAUCAAAAAAAACUAAACAGCCGAACAUCUCAACGACACAAAGAGGGAAAAUAAAUCUAGUUUUUAGUUUGAAUUGGUGUUAAAGCAUGGGGAUGGAGUUCUGCCUUAAGGAGCCUUCACUGACUGACCGACAUGUUCAACCACACCCCUGCCCUCUGAACCGGACUGAUUCACGUCAACGUGGGGUGGGAGGAGCUUAACAAGCUCUGCCCGCUGAUUGGAUGUCUACACUGUGUCCGUCCUCGUUCAGACGACAUGAAACGACGAGUCGGUGGAGCUGAGUCGGCAGUUUUUUUCAUUUUAUUUAUGUUUUUAAUCUCAGGAGUCGCUGAAAAACCAGCAAGCACACCGGCCUCUUCCUCCACUUCCUAACUCAUCUGUCAUUCAUCAGUAUUAGUUUUCUGCAUCAGUGUUCACCUUCCGACAGUGUGCAGCAGCUCUCCCGGGAGUCGUAGGCGGUAGAUUGAAACGUUACACUGCCAACUCACCGAACAUGGGACUUUAACACGUCGAUUAUUAAAAACACCGACUGCUCUAAGAGGCUGAUUAACUGCCAGGACAGCUGCACAGAAAACACUCACUUAGAGAACCCAGCAAGCAUUCGACGAUUGACAAGGUCUGGACGAACAAUGAGCACAAAAUUUUACGAGUCACGAUUUUUUAAUCAAUCACUAAAAACUAUUAUAAAAACAUAUCUUUCCAAACAUCAUGUCCCAGUCUUGGUUGAAGACGCCAACAAUGUCAAACACUGGUGAAGAAUUUACAUUCAAGGUCACGUGACCUUUUAGAGAAAUUUAGCUGAAGUUUGAACAUUCAGCUUCAGAAGAAUCAGAAGAAUAUUUCAGUCCUAGUUUCACUAAAUGCUGCUCAACUAUAACACAUCCAAUUAUUUUAUCCCAUCCAACGUCUGAAUGUUUGCUGGGUCUGCACAACAACUCAAGGGCACAACAACAGUGGAAGGGAACCGACGCCUCUCACUACCGUCCCGUUGCCGCUCGGCGCGUUCGAGGCCAGUUUAGACUCUAGAGACUGUGGUUGUAGAGCUGUAGUUUGUAUUUGCACUGAGGCCUCGGAGCUGCCCGACUUGCUGGCUGAAGAAGGGAAGAGUUUCUGCUGCUUCUGACCGCGGAGGACUAAAUGUACAGCCCCGUCGCUCCGUAUCCGUCCUGUGCACUGUGGGCUCUUUCUAAUGAACGGCGUAGAUUAACCUGAGACUACUGUGGAGGUUUUUCUGAUCUCAUCGGCUGCAACAAUCAGCAGAGAAAUGGAUGAUAUCUGACAGUAACGGAUCUGAAGAUAGAAGAGACACUGUUACCUAGAUAGUUGAACUGCUAGAAGCACUGGGACAUUACAUGAAGACCUGAUAUCAACUUUCCCUCCAUGUUGCUCAAGUAGGGAAAUGACAGAAAUAUAUCUGUUCAGCACAUCUCCAGAGCCGGCCCAAGACCCAAAGCAUAAUUUAACUAAACACCAAUAAGUCAAACUAUUAAAACUGCAAAUAUUACUCAAACUUAAUCUGUCUACAGCGAGUACAAGAGGGUUUACAGUUAACUCCAACAUACAUUCACUGCUGUUGUUAUAGUGCCUUUCAUUUUCUGUUUUUAUUUUUGUUACUAUACAAAAACUUUUGGGUAUAGCUCAUCCCAAAUUAUUUUACAAGCAAGAUUUACCCAUAAACCCAAAUCCCAAACUUUAUACAUCACACCUUACAAUUAUGUUGUAAUUGAAAAUGUUUUUGUGUUGCAUUCAAAUUUACUAUCAUAACAUUUAUACAGCAUGCUGUAAAUUUGCAAUAAAUAAGCAUUGAAUCUGGUGACAAAAUUUGGUGUACUGUACUGCUAAAAAUACCAAAAUAUGUUGUAAUAAAAAAUUGUGGGAUCUUGGGAUCUUUAAAGAUUUCAGGCAUUAUAACAAAAGCAGUGAAUGCAAUAUUAAAGACUAAAUAAAGAUAAACUCCAUUAGAACUUGUUGUUUUGGCGUCCCCUGGUGGCCAUCUAAUCGCGGCUUGGGUCAGCUCUUCAUAUCUCUGUCUUGAACUCAUGACUACUGUACAGAAAAUAGUUGUGAAGCCAUUUUCUGAAGCAUCAUGUUUGCUAGUUAUAUCAGCUCAUUAAUUACAAUGAUUUCAUAAUUUUUCAUCUUUCUACUGAAGAUUCGACUUGAAGGGCAAAAGAAAAAUCCACUUUUCUCACUUCCUUGAUGACUGUAGAGAAUGUCUACUGAACAGAUGAGAGUGGUUGACCUCCUUUAACCCAAAGUGUCACAUCAGAAUCAGGAUGUACAGGGUGUCAUCAAAAUAAGAGCGCGGAAAAGAGGUUGCAGACAGUAUUUCUUCAUGGUCUGUUCCUCACACAGAGAACAGGAUAAAAGGUCCAAUAUAAUACAUAUUUCCCUCUAUUUAUAUAUGCAGUAUACAGCCUAAAUUAGCUGACUGGAUCCAUUUGAAUUUAAUAAUAAAUAAAAUAAUAAUAAAAUUUUUGACACAAACAUUUACUCAGCACCUUAGUGUAAACAAGCUUUUUACUUUUUGACUUUUUCAUAGAAAAUUUUUUGUGUGCAAAGAUGUUUAUUCACAGCACAACAAACCUUGAUUUACAAAUACAGUUUCCUACAGGAAAUUAUUUUGUUUUAGUCAGGUUUUAUUAAACUACAUUUUGCUUUUAUUAACUAAUACAUCACUGUUUAGUCUUAAGAAAGAGCCAUAGAUUUUUACCUGAAUAAAACACAGUAAAGGUGUCAAAAUUAAGUUUGUAUGUAGUUACUAUAUAAUGCAAGAAUCACUAGUAACAUUUUUUGUUUGUUUUACUCUAAAAAAUUCUUAUUCUUGAAAAUAUUAUAUAGCACCCCCAAAAAAACUGUUAUUAAAUUUUGGAUAGCACUCUUUACAGCUGCACAGAUUUUGAAUGUGUUCCACCUGUGACUCUAGUAAAAAUUACAAAAUGUUUCCAGAUCGUGUAUAGUGCCACAGUUUGAAAAGUCUUCAUCCCAGCUACGGUUUUGUGUUCUUAAAAUAUUUUUUCUCUAAAUUUCAAAAUGUGUUUUUAAGGCAAAAUUUUUAUAAACUUUGCAGUUUACACAUUUUUUAUGACAUGCAUCUACUUUAUAACAAAUUAAAGAAUGUGUGUAAAAAAUCCACUAUAAACCUGAAAUUUAGUAUUGCAUGCUGACGGUCUUCUUUUUAAAAUUUGAUACACACUCCCACAUACUUAAGUAUUGUAUAGUGCCCCCCAAAUUUUUUUAUGGUCACAACAUUUUGUAACACCCAAAUGUUUAAUCGCUGGAAUUUUUUUGUUUGUUUUGUUUCUGUUUUUGGAAACUGAUUUUCACCACACCUUGUUUCUACUUUGUAAACCUUUUAAAGAAAUCAUCAAAUAGAUCUAAAAAAUUGUGUUUAUAUAGUGAAAACAUUUAAACUGAUUACACCCGAUGAUAUGUGUUAAGAACCCAAAACCUAGUAUUAGCUUCAAAUCACCUCAAAAUUUGAUAUACCAUCCCUGAUUAUUAAAAUGCUGUAUUCUGCCCUUAAAAUCUUUUUUAUAGUUGCAGAAUUGUUUAGAUUUCACAAAUCUUGUCAUCAUGUCUACCUGCUGCUCUCAUUAUUUUGAGGACACCUUGUAUCAAAUUUGUAGAACAAUUGAAGAAAUGAAUGAAUGUGUGUAAAAAGGCCAUUGGACACUUCAGUGUUGACUUGUAAAAUGAUUCGUCAUUGUGGCCUUGUGAUUCAAACACCUGAAGUCUUUACCUGUUCGCCGUCUCGGAUCCUCGGAGGUUCGGUCGCCACUCGAUCUGAAAUAGGUUACAUUUCACUAUUAGAUAUCAGAUGUACUGUACAUACUACUACUGCUUAACUAUUCUGUUUCUACUCGUCAUUACAAAGUAAUUCUUGUGGAAAUGUUGCUUUAGGGGUUUGUUUUUUAAAAGUUGUUGUGUAUGUGAAUCAUCAUUACCUGAGCCAGAAGCUAAGUUCUCUCAUCAUUACAACGGUUCGGUUUCUUUCGGCUUCGGCGUCGACGUCAACAGCUCAACAGACGUUUGGAAACUUGGCUGUUUUCGAAGCGAACUCGUCUGUGGCUGGAGAAACGCACUUUGGUACAACUGUCAAAAAAAGGAGAAAAAAAACAAAAUGAAAAAUAAAACUGACAGAUAACCUGCAGACAAUGUCCGAAAGCUCAGCACUGUACACUCCUCUACAAUUCUUUCUCUUGCUUAGUGUGUGUCCAGUCAAACUUGUAUGUCAUUGGUGCCAUUCUUGUGCAUUGUGUCACUUAAAAUUUGAGGGAUGAUCUCGAACUCAGAUUGUCACAGUUUUAAUGUGUGUGUGUGUUGGAACAAAAUAAAAUGUUGCAGUUA